AUGGAAGAUAUCGCGAAAAUGGGCCGGCCAAACAAUAAACCAGCUCAGGAUAAAAUAACAGCAUCAUCUCAGUUGUUUGUGGACAAUACCUUUGUCGCCAACAAGCGGAAUCGUCUGCUGGCAUCUGAAAAACAACUCGCUGCCUGGCCCUUAGCGGAAGAUGUCAGAACCAAGGCGAGUAAUAAUGCCAGUCUCAUCAUUGUCUGCCAUAGCAGGAUUACUCUCCGACAUCGUUCCGAAUACCGGCCAAAUACCAGUUCUACAGCUUACUCCAACUUCUGCCGCUUUGUCAUCCCUCAACCAGCCUCCCUUGCCUCUAACUCACAAGCACCUUCUCAGUCGUCGGCAUCUUCCUCCAGAAACUGCUCUCUCGAGCCUUCCCUACCCAUUCGACAGCUCUGUCCCACGGACUCACCAGCGAGGCUUUCUUUUAGCCAAACCUUUGAUCUGAACGUGAACGUUUUCGAAGCGAACAUAAAUAUGCAUAACGCUUCUCCAGUAGUGGAGGAAGAGGCGUGCACAGACGUCGACAUUGCCCUCUUCAGUAGCCUUGGGAGUGAAGGCGGCGUGUCUAUGAACUCCAUAUGCUUGAAAUCGAUGGUGUCUGUUUCCUCGCCGGAAGAGAUGCGUCUGCAUGGGCCACUGCCGGUGAGGAGCACGAAGGACCCUAGAGCAUCAAGCAAAGUGCGCAAACUGCGAUUUCCCCGGAAGAAGCGGGCUCAUUGGUGCUUGCAGCAAGCGAACCUGAAGAAGUCCACAAUUGGCGUCACAGCUCCGUAUCAAGGGGAUGCCAUAAGCAUCCCCAUAUGGGGAGACGACAUCUACAGGCGUCGAUCGACUCUUUCCGGUAUCUACCGAAUCCUGCGACAAUUUUAUUGCCUGCGUCCACCCAAACCCGGAUGA